UUCGAUAUCAAUGCUUCCUCUCAACGCACGGAAAAAUAAAUGAUUGGCCUCUUCAAUUUUAUGCCUGGUUACUUUAUGGCCAGAGCGAUGUAGAGGGAAUAUCUGGUCCAAACACAGCCUACCAUAAGUUAAUUAGUUUUAAACCAAACAUGCCUUCUCAUAGAAACAAUGAUGUCAUUUUUGGAAAGGCAGGUGACGACUUUGUCAAGUUUUUACGCCAAACGAGGAAAAUAGAAAGAUCCCACCUGAAAGCUGCUCCGAGUUUACGCCAGGCACAGCGCUGCAAAAUUUACCACCUUGCUGAACGAAGAGGGGACACAGAGGGGGCACAACUACAACCUAAAAAAGAAACAAUUUCGGCCAUUUUAGAUGGAGAAGAAGAGGAAAAUACUGACGAUCUACCAGAUGACGAACCACCGUCGAAUGAUGAUAGAGCCUGUGAUAGAGGUUAUUUGAGGACGAACACUCUGCGGAUUUUCAACUUACCGGCGGGUGGGAAGGCUAAAGUCGCAUGGAAGAGGAUAGCGAGGAUUGACCUGGAUCCAAAACAGCUACGAAAAAUAAUCAAAGGAAGGAAAAUAAUCGACAAAAGAGUACUGUCCAACAGACUGAAGACUCUCUACGUGAUUGUGACGUCAUUUUCAACCAAAGAUGCCGUUAAAUUAUAUUGGAGACAAAGACAAGACAAGGUUGCAAAUGAAUCUCCAAAUAAUGGAGGAUUGGAAAAAAACUCCAUGAAAAUCGCUCCGGGGACUCCCAUAGCUUACAUCGUUCGUGAGCUUGUUAUAAACCCUGAUAACAGUAUCACCUUGCCCGAAAGCUCGGACACCGAGGAUCGGAUCGAAGAUCGUUGGCAGCCUGAACAAGAAAGCUCUCCAAGUAUCACCGUAACCCCAAGAAGACCAAUACAUCCUAUAUGUUCUAGGGAAACAAGUGAGAACGAGAACCCGAAGACAACCGAGGAAUUGACACCAACCUCGAUUACAGCGGAGACUUCCAGAGCUACGUACAGCGCUCGGUAUCAGCUUGAUGUAACCCUUGACCGAACUCUCACCGUGAUUGAAAGAUCCGAUGACAAGUGUGAAACCAAAGAUACUGAUCCUCCAGAAUAUGAUACCUCUCUAAGUACCACGAUCAGCCCAAGAAGAUCGUACCGUUCAAUUAAUGAGAAUAAUCAAGAGGAGAGGAUAAUGAAGGAUGCGACCGGAUUAUUGGAGGAGACACCCAUCAGGAGACACCGAUCAACAAUGACCGGGAAUAUAAAUAGGAAACUCUUUGAGAGUAAUUAAAGGAAAGACGAUAUCUUGGAACAAUAUUUGACCAGAUAUUUUAACUCUACAUACAGUGCCAUACCCUUAAGAGAGAGAGAGAGAGAGAGAGAGAGAGGGGGGGGGG